AGAAUGGGAACAAGAACAAGAUAUAGAUUCUAAUAGUAUGGAGGAUAUAGAAGAUGAAGUCCAAAUGAAUAUUAAAGAAGUAGGAGGAAGUAGUAGAUCUGAGAUCCCUUGGUUCAAAAGAGAAGAAACAGAUUAUAGUCAAAUAGAAGCAAAGGCUCAUUAUGAAGCUCUUAAAAAACUUUUAGACAAAGAAGAUUUCUGUUAG